AUGUCGCCUCCAGCCAUCGCCUCCUCCCCGGCUGCCCCCCAAAGUCCAGAUGAUGGCCAGUUUCCGGCCAUAUAUUGGAAAAAAAGAUAUGACGUUCGACAUCUUUCUCCAUAUCCUGUUAUUGCUACUCUUGAUAUAGAGUAUAAUGAGCUUACAAAAGCCUGGAAGCGGCUCCAGGAGUUACUGCCUUUAUCGGAGCAGGUACUCUUCGAGGAACGCCCACAAACUACCCAAGAUGUCAAAAUCCUGGUCCGAGACAUUCAAGCAUCAUGGACCUCCAGUCCACAGCAGCAGUUAUUCGAUCAUUCUAUGGCUCUUUGCGACGCUUUCUCAUCUGCACUUGACACCCAUAUGACGCUGUUAGUGACUCUUCCCGGUCAUCAGUUUUACUCCUCUCUUCUCUGUAGCACUCUGCAAUCGAUCAUCAAGGCGUCUUCAAGCUACCCCAAGAUUAUGGGCGGAGUUAUGAAAGCCCUGGUCAAAGUGAAUCAGUCUAUCUGCCUACCGGAAAACAGCGAGCGUCAGCUCACAAGCGACUCCAUACCGUCGAUAGCUAAUUUCUACUCUCUUCUCUUCUUUUUUCUCGGAGAACUAAUGGACUGGUACGCCCGGCGGUUCAAGUGCCGACUACUACAAAGCCGCCACGAAAACGUCUAUAUCGACUUCUGCAACCUAGUUUCGAGUAUACAAGAUAGUACACGAGGGUUCAUGCACGCCUUUAAGGGUGUUAUAGAUAUCAGUGACAGUGACACCGAGAUCGCAGAUGCCGUAAUGCAACACCCCGACUUGUUCUUGUGGGAGGACGCAAGGUUGAGCCAGAUAGGCCGACAGAACACCGACAGGCGGUUUGCAGCUCAGAAUGCCCUAACUCGCCUUCUGAUAUGGGAGAUCCAGCAUAGCGCGGAACAGCGACUUAAGCUGAGAGAGAACAGGAGCCUACUUCUCUUACAGCUAUUCAAUGAGGCGAGCCGCCGACUACAGCCGGUUGGUGAACCGAAUAGCGCCAUCGUUUGCUUGACAACAGCGCCUGGUCAAGAUUUGCUUGUGACUGCCACGUCUUCAGAAAAGCACAAGCACAAAUACUCACGAGUUGAACUACAGUUGGCCACGGCGCACCUUCAAGAGUACUUCAAUAAUGACGAUCAGAUCCCCGAUUAUGAUCCCACCAUCGACAUUAUAGUGGAACAGACCGUUGUGGAAUCAUUAAACCGGUGGGCGACCGGAAAUUAUUCUCAAGUCCUUGCCAUUGGCAACUUGCCAGAUACCAAUGCGAGCCCCGUCGCUCUGAUAUCGGCCUUCUACGCCAACCUCGCACAAGACACCAAAGCCCCCAUUAUCGCACACUUCUGCUCUCUCCCACUGACAGCAAAGACUGGAAUGACUCUCUUCCAACAGGGGCUUAUCGCGCUUCUGUACAGCUUGAUUCGCCAAUUACUUGAGUACCUACCUCCAGUAGUGAACGGCUCCCCCGCCCAUACAGUCAAGGCCGAAAACUUCGCCCUUCUCGACGGCACUCUCGCGUCGUGGAAGGAGGUGCUGUCCCUAAUUGACACCUUACUAUACUAUGCACCGCCGCUUCUGAUGUGCGUCGUGGACGGGCUAGACCGACUGCAGGAUGUCUCAACUGAUGAGUACAUCCGGUCGCUGAUCCGGAUCUUCGUGAGCCACACUAGAAGGCCCUCCGACUCGACGCCUGGGACGCAGAGCAUCUUACUAAAGCUCCUGUUUACCGUCGCUAGACCACUCGACUCGUUGAACGAAACGUUGUCUGAAAACCCGCUUACCCUCACUGAAUCGAAUGAUAUUGAGCGAACCGCCCCAAAUACCCCUUUAUGCUCUAAUGUUGAAAUUACGAUGAAUGCAUAG